AUGUCUGACUCUGACUUCGACGCUGCUGUGCUGUACGUGCGCUCCCUGCCCAAGGACGGUCCGGUGCAGCUGGACAACGGCUCCAAGCUCAAGUUCUACUCCCUAUACAAGCAGGGGACGGAGGGUGACGUGAAGGGCGCCCAGCCGUGGGCCGUGCAGGUCGAGGCGCGCGCCAAGUGGGAUGCGUGGAACAGUUGCAAGGGCAUGAGCUCGCAGGACGCCAAGGCGGCGUACGUGAAGCUUCUUGCCACGGUGCUCAGAUCUCGGGGAGUUCAGUGGAGGUCCGGUGCGAAGGUGCAAAGCAAGCUCUGA